GAGGCCAACCGUUUCCUGCUCAAAAGAAACGAGAUAGAAAUACAGAUGAAACUCUAAAGACUGAAACCCACUCUUCAUCUUCUUAAUUCUUCCUUCAAUCCGCCAUUGAUGAAAAAGAUGUUAGCUUUCUCUCCAUUACCCACUUCCCCAUUUCAGUCCAUGUUUAUCCCAACUUCUCAAUCCCAUUUCCCAUCAUCUUUUUCUUCUACCUUUUCCUGUUCUUUCUCCCCUGCUUCUUCUGCUGCUGAAUCAAAACUCUCAUCACAAGAAUCUUCUAAUACUGUUUCCAAUCCUCCUCCUGAUUUCAGCCCCAAAACCCAGAAGAAAAAGAUGAAGAAUGAUAGUGAUAUUGAAAAGAAAAUAUCCCAAAUUCAAGUUUCAAGGCAGAAAUAUAUACCAGUUUCUAAAACCCAACUUCAAGAUGCUCUCAUCUCUUUUCUUCGUUCUCAGCAUCAUUCCUCUAAUCAUGAUGGUGAUGAUUCUAUUAUCUCCCACUUUCUUCUCCUCUCCUCGUGUUUGGACUCAAUUCUUCACGCUGAACAUAAAAACAUCUUGGAGGAAAUGCGGGCGGACUAUUUUUCCACUCAGCCUGUAAGAGAUGAGGAGGAUUUGGAUACUUUUAGGCUUGAAAGCAAAAGAGGUGAUGAUCUUGCGGAGAGCAUUGAGUUUGUUGAUGAUCGAGGGAAUGGGAGUAUGAAGAGUUAUGAAGGUAACACUGAAAAGUUAGAGGAGAACCCAUUGUCUUUCUUAAAUGGGUUGGAUUUAAUGCAGUUUUUUGGUUCUUCAAUGGCUGAUGCAAAGAAGGAUGAUGAUAAGAGCUCCAGUACUUUUGAAGUUGCUGCAGCAGCCCGUUUCCAGCGCUCUUUCAUGAAGUUACUUCAGAAUGCACAAUUUGAAGAACUUUCAGUGAGAGAUUUGAUGCUUACAUCUGCACUAAACAGUGAUUAUCUUCUCACUUUGCCAAUAUAUGUAGAUUGGAAGAGGGCUUCGCAGUCAAAUGCCAUUAUAUUCAGGAGAGGCUAUAAUACUGAGAAGCAGAAGGGGUUGCUCAUUGUUGAAAAGCUUGAUUAUCUACAAUCGAAGGUCCUCCAAAAAUCUUUUGACCUCAUAUCAAAACCACUGCUGACUGUUGGACUCUGGAUUAAAGAGGCCAUUGAACGAACCAGAGAGAAUGAAGGUGUUCAACUUUGGAUCAAGAGAACACAGCUCUGGUUUCAGGAGAUAUCUCAAUUCCAACAGCUAUAUUCUCCCAAGAACAGAACUUCAGAUGAUAUAACUAAAUUUGACCAGGAUUUGGAUGAGGACUUGCCUAUUUGGCUGGCUGCACAAGAGGCUGUGAGUCGUUACGAAGGGUUCUUAUCAUCAUUAGGACCUAGAAGUAGAUUACUAAGGAAGUUCCUCGCUUGGAUUGGAGUUCUACCGCCAACACAAGAAUUUUCUUGUGAGUUUGAUUCUGAGGAUAAUGUUGCUACUGAGCCUCACCUAAGGCCACUUCUAUUAUCUAGAAUUACACUUAAUGACAUUUGGAGACCCGCUACAAGAAAAUAUUGUGGAAACAGUUUAUGGAGAACGUUGAAAGUUGGGUUAUCUAUUAUUUUCUCCAAAUCAAUCAUACAGGAACCAGCAUUUCAGGAAUUGAUUUUGCUGUACACUGAGGAGACUGAAGAUAUGAAAUUAACGGGCAAAACCAAGAUCCCUUCGUUGCAAUUGAAAAUAUAUGAGAAGAUUCCUGUGCCAGAUUUGCCGGUCAUUUUUCCUCACAAAAAACUAUCAUUCCGCAUACUAGACACAGUGCGCUUGGAUGUUGCUACGAUUGUAGGGCUUCUGGCUUACGUUAUCAAUUACAAAUUUGAGGAUGUCGUAUCUUCUCCGUCCGCUAUAAUUCUAGAUGUCAUUGCUGUGAGUGCCCUCAUUAUAUUUGUGACACGGGUAGCUCUUGGAUACAAACAGACAUGGGAUAGAUAUGAGCUACUCGUCAACAGGACGCUAUAUGAAAAAACUUUGGCUAGUGGGUUUGGCUCAGUUUAUUUCCUUCUAGACGCUUCAGAACAGCAGCAAUUCAAAGAAUGCAUAUUAGCGUACGGGAUCCUGCUCAAAUCAGAAAAUAGUCAGUUUCCCACUCGCUCAUCCCUUGGAGAGGAAUGUGAGAAGUUUUUGUACAGAAAUUUCAAAGAAAAGGUACAGAUGCCUGUUGACAAGGCUGUAGAUAUGUUGAUAUAUUUGGGUCUCGUAUUGGAAAAGAAAGUAAAGGGUACGAAUGUUUUGGAAGUUGUUCCUUGCUCCUCGGCAUAUGAUUCCCUGAGAAAGCAUUGGGAUCAUCUGUUACUUUAGGCAUGAGUAAGUCUUGUAAUAACUAGCAUAGUAAACAUGUAUGAGGUUUUAAACUCCCGCAAGCAUGUAAGAGUUUUCUUUCAUGCGUUGUAGACAAACUUUUGAGCUUUCAUGGAGAGGAAUAAAGAAAAGCGAUUUUCAAUAA